AUGCUCACCGUCACCCAUCGGUGCUUUUCCGCAUUGUUCCGACUGAUGUCCAUACAGCCCAUAAUUGAAGCAUAUGAGAUGAAGGCCCUCAUACUCUAUAUUCAAGAUGCUAUCGACCUCAAUGAUGAUGAUAUUAAAGAUCGGAGGCAAGAUAGUAUUCAACACUGGCAUUGGAAAGAGGAUGAGAUGCUGAUCAGUGCAUGGUUAAAUGUUUCAACUGACCCUGUAGUUGGUACCGAUCAAAAGGGGGAAACAUUUUGGAGUCGAAUUCAUAGCUACUGUGUAGAAUUUUGCUCCGACAUGACAAGGGGGGUAGUUGCAUGUAAGAAACGAUGGUAUAAGAUCAACAAGGCUGUUACACAAUUUGCUGGUUGCUACGAUCAAGCUAGUCGAAAUAUAAGGAGUGGUUCGAACGCUGAUGAUAUAAAGGAGUUGGCUUAUAAACUUUAUUCCACACAUUAUGGUCAAAAAUUCACUUUUGAGAGGCAUUGGAACAUGCUUCGGUUGGAGCAAAAAUGGAGAAGCCAACUACCUACACAGAGUGGCGGCUCAAAGAGAACCAAGGUUAGUGCAACUGGAGCAUACUCAUCCUCAUCAAACCCAGAAAUACCGUUGACUGACGAACCCGGUGUGGACUCUCCCGUUCGCCCACAAGGAUUAAAGAAGAGCAAGCGAAAAGGUAAGGAAAAAGCACAGAUGUCUGAAGAUUUUAGCGAAAGAAAAUCAUCGGCUUUGUAUGGCAAAAGAAGACGGCAAGAUAACACACUCAUAGAUAAUUGGAUCGAUGAGUAUUUACUCAAAGAUUCAGAAGAAGAUAUCGAUAGAAGCUCUAUCCCAAUUACUCGUAGAUGGAUCAACAGAGAUCGAGAAGCAGGACAUGAUCGCCUUUUCCAAGAUUACUUUGCAGAUGAUCCAGUGUAUAAUGCUGACAUUUUUCGACGGAGAUUUCGAAUGAGAAGACAUGUGUUCCUUCGGAUAGUAGACGCUCUCUCAGACGUUUAUCCGUAUUUUCAACAGAGGGUUGAUGCAACUGGAAGAAGAGGCUUGUCGCCACUCCAGAAAUGUACCGCUGCGAUACAGAUGUUAGCAUAUGGCGUAGCAGCUGAUGCUGUUGAUGAUUAUGUGCGCAUAGGCGAAAGCACAACAAUUGAAUGCUUGGAAAAAUUUGUUGAAGGUGUCAUUUCGGUGUUCGAGGAUGAAUACUUGCGAAAACCCAAUCCAAAUGACGUACAACGCCUACUACAAAUGGCGGAGGGUCGUGGCUUCCCUGGCAUGUUGGGUAGCAUUGACUGCAUGCAUUGGCAAUGGAAAAAUUGUCCAAAGGCGUGGAAAAGUAUGUACAUGAGUGGUUAUCGUGGGGUUGCAACCAUAGUACUUGAGGGUGUAGCAUCUUCAGACCUUUGGAUAUGGCAUGCGUUCUUUGGAGUUUAUGGUUCAAAUAAAGAUAUCAACGUGUUAGAUCAUUCUCCAGUGUUUGAUGAUAUUCUAAAUGAUCGUGCUUCGGAGGUAAAUUAUACUAUUAAUGGUAAUAAUUAUACAAUGGGAUACUAUUUAGCAGAUGGUAUUUAUCCUGAAUGGGCCACAUUUAUCAAAUCAAUCUCAAAGUCACAAGGGGAGAAACGCAAGUUAUUUGCACAAUACCAAGAAGGGCAAAGAAAAGAUGUGGAACAUGCUUGUCGUCAACUAUAG